GCGUUCGGGAGGGCUUGGAUGGCCGUGUGCUCCACCACUGGGUGGCCAACAUUACUGGUUCCUCCCGGAAAGACGUUCCUGCUGAGCGAAGUGUCAUUCCCAGGCCCCUGUCCUUACGAGAUCACCCAUCUUCAGGUUGAAGGAAAUAUUGUGGCACCUGACAAAUUGUGGACCUCCCAAAUUAGCACCAGUUGGAUCUCAUUCACAAACAUCACUGCCUUAGUUGUCGAUGGUAAUGGUCAGAUUGAUGGCCGGGGUCCCGUCUGGUGGGAUUGCAAGAAGAAAAAUAAAUGCGAUAACGUGCCUUCUUUACUUGGUAUCUCCGGCUGUGUGGAUUUUGAGAUGAGGGGCAUGAAACUUCUCAACAGUCCAGGGGAGCACCUCAUCGUGGACAGGAGCAAGUGGGUUCGCUUGAAGGGCCUCAACUUCACGUCUCCAGCAGACAGUCCUUACACUGAUGGCAUAUACAUCGUAGGGUCUCAUUAUGUUGAAGUAACGGGUACCACCAUUGGAACAGGAGGUGAUUGCAUUACAAUCGGAGCAGGCUCUUCAGACGUGAACAUAACAGGGAUCACUUGCAGCUCUGGGCGUGGCAAAAG